CUCGGCUAAUAGCAUCAUUCGCUGACACCCACAGAAACAGUACUACCUCUUGUCAGCAACAUGGGGCCGGGUUUCAAAUUUUGUUUCUUCCAUAUGUUGCUCGAUAUCUACUCUCUACUCCAUGGUUAGAGGGUCCACUGCUGCUCCAAAUUCACAUACGUUUCAAGGCGACAGAAUCUCUGCGAUGCCAAAGCAGGAGUUAUUUCCCCUACAUCCGUCUGGCUGGGAGAAUGAUCCCGACGAGGAAAGGUUCAAAGUCUCUACCCUCGACUAUCUGGCUGCUUGCACUUAUAACAACUAUGCGUUAUUCUUCAAACUGGACGAUACCGAAAAGGGCAAGGCAGUUGAUGUUCUCAAAGCAGGCCUUGAGCGUACGCUUAGCCAAGCACGACAUCUUUGCGGAUCAAUCGAGAAGGAUCCAACUGGCGGUCAUUCGUUCGUGAAGAAAAAGGAUAGUACAGUCCAAUUUUUCGUUCAAUGGCUUGACUCUCCAGGGGAGGAAUACCCGUCCCUGGAAACCAUACAACAGUCCCACUUUAGUGCUACCACACUGGGCGACCUCAAUCUUUGGAGCGUCGCUCCGAUGACAUAUGGCGAGAAGCCAGAAGCCCACCCCAAUAACAGUCCAGUAGUCGCCGCUUAUAAGGCAAAUUUUGUCCGUGGAGGGCUGGUCUUUAUAAUGCAUCAUCACCACUACGCUAACGACGUUAUGGGCUGGGCCGGCCUCACCCACCAGCUUGCAGAAAACUGCUACGCCGUUGUUAACCAAACUGAUUUUCCUGUUUGGGACCUAGCUUGCCUUGAUCGCUCGCGUCUUACUAAAAGCGAAGUGCCGGAUGAAGCAAAAGUAAACGGCCCGGUUUCGCCAGAGCGUCAUCCGGACCAUACUGUAGCCCUGUCACUUCUCUUCCAUCUAUCAAAGAGCAAGGCCACUGAGCUUAAGAAGCUGGCAACACCCACUGAUGGCUCAUGGAUUUCAACCUAUGACGCCUUUUCAGCUUUUAUCUGGCGUACUCUUUCCCGGCUGCGCGCUCCCGUAUUCAAGCCGGACAUGUCGUCCCACUUAUUCUGGAGUGAGGCAGUUGACAUGCGCCGCCGUAUGGACAACCCCAAAGUUCCACCACGUAUCCAGGGCAACGUGAUGUCCGCGGUCCUAUCCCCUAUGGCACCGGUGCUGCAGCCAACACUAGCCGAGGUCAUCUCCGAGUGGCCUUUGUCCAAGUUGGCAUCGUACAUCCGGCAACUGACUAACAGCGUCACCGAAGAAAGUCUUGACAAAUGGCUUGAUAUAGUGGCAACUAUCCGUGACAAGACUUCUAUGAAUAUCCGUAUCAAUUCAUACCCGCCCAUGUCAAUACUUCAGACCGAUCACCGCGAUGCAAACGUCACCACAGCCGACUUUGGUUUCGCGACACCUAUCACAUACCGCCACCUCCUGGACUGCAUAAGUGAGGGUGUUAUUAUUAUCUACCCGCCGCGCACUGCAGAUCCCGACUCAGAUGAGGGCUGCGAGUUCGCUAUUUCGUACGAGAAGAGGUUAGCACAAGGAUUGAUUGAUGACCCUAAGUGGAAUGAAUUUUUCGAAUACAGAGGUGUAGAUGCAGAGGAUGCAGCUCACUCGUCUGUGCUCUAGAACUAUAGCUAUCUAGGUUGAGUUCGCAAUGUUAGCUUCGGGUUCUUUUGGCGUACAUUGUUGUGGGAGAAAAGUCGCGCUUAGAAACCCCGCAUUUUCUGAUCGAGGUUUCUUGAUUGCACACGAGCGGUAACCUAGGGUUUGACCUCGCAUUCUAUAACGGUGAUGCCCGCGAUGGAUAACGUAAACGACAAGAAGAGUUUGGCGACAAAUUGCAUGAUUAAAAGGGGCAGUAUAAAAAACUUGUUUCGCUUUGACUAACACGAUAUCCUAUCUACGUAAUUGGAUCAAUAUUUUCUGAUGCGCCAGGUAUCAU